UCCCGCGAACCGGAAACGAAUCCGCUUUUUGUCCGAUUGUACAGUGAGCCAGACGCAUUCAGUAACAUUGCAGCGGGCUUGUAUGAAGUGUUGCCGUCAUCCAGACGAACACAACAAUCGUAAAAAUGGCUCUGGAGUCGCGUAUUACGCAGGAAGAAAUCAAGAAAGAAACAGAGAAGCCAAUCGACAGGGAAAAGACCUGCCCCCUUCUCCUGCGCGUCUUCACCACCAACAAUGGCAGACACCACAGACCCGACGAGUUUGCCCGUGGCAACGUUCCCUCCAGCGAGCUGCAGAUAUAUACAUGGAUGGACGCUACCUUGCGGGAGCUGACCAGCCUGGUGAAGGAGGUGUAUCCAGACGCCAGGAAAAAGGGAACCCAUUUCAGUUUCUCCAUCGUCUUCCCUGACCUACGUGGGAAAGUUUAUCGCCUCAAAGACAUUGGUAACACAGUGUCGGGCAGGAAGGGUGCUGAUGACUCCAUGACGCUGCAGUCUCAGCGCUUCCACAUCGGAGACUACCUGGACAUCGCCAUCACACCGCCCAACAGAGCCCCACCACUCGGUGCGCGGAUGAGGCCCUUCUGAGUAAAACACGCCCAAGCACGCUGCUGUUUUUUUGUUUUUAUAUUCUCUUCAACUAUUUUUGCUCUCAUCUUGGACUAUUUCAUGCUUAAUAAAAUGUUUCCCCUGAGUUUCAAUCCAUCAUGCUUGAUCAAAAACAUGUGAAUAAAUCGGAUGUUUCCAAAAAAUA